ACGUCAGUAGUCCGGUACCAAAGAUAUGGGUCGCUAUCUGUGUGUGCGUCCAAUUGUUUUUUCAAGAAUAAUCAUAAUUCCGUUAUUGUUUAUCAAAGUUUUACGAUUCAUGGAAAAUAUUUUUUUUUAAAUAUUCAUCAUAAAACUGAUAUUGUACUCAGAUUUUCGUGAAUAACCCGCCUUUCAUAUUAUUAUUAUAAAUUAGGGAUACCCAUACUUGGUGGCCCAUAAAUACUAAAAGUUACGAAUUCAACUUUCUCAGAUCCAGAACAGAAGCAAAUCAAAUGUUAAAUUGAAUUUACUUUAAAAAUGGCAGUUCUGUUGGAAACAACAGUUGGUGAUCUCGUUGUUGAUUUAUAUCCGGAAGAAAGACCAAGAUGUUGCUUAAACUUCUUGAAGCUUUGCAAGAUCAAGUAUUUCAACUUUAGUUUGCUUCACUCCAUUCAGAGGAACUUCAUGGCUCAGACUGGAGAUCCAACAGGAACUGGGAAAGGUGGUGCUUCUAUCUUCAGUAAGCUGUAUGGGGAUCAGGCCAAGUACUUUGAAAUGGAGAACAACCCAAGGAUCAAACAUAAGAAGAAAGGGGCCUUAUCCAUGGUCAACAAUGGAGAAAACAUGCACGGAUCACAGUUUUUCUUCACACUGGCUGAGGACCUGGACUACCUUGACGGCCAACACACAGUGUUCGGCGAGGUAACGGAAGGGUUUGAUGUUCUAGAGAAGAUCAAUGAAGCAUUCUGUGACAAGGAGAAUCGACCUUACCAAGAUAUCAGAAUCAGUCACACCAUAGUGUUAGACGACCCAUUUGAUGAUCCGGAAGGACUUGAGAUACCAGACCGAUCACCUGAGCCCACUAAAGAACAGCUGGCGAGUGUACGCAUCGGUGCGGACGAAGAGAUCGAAGACGACAAAGGAAAGAGCAAGGAAGAGGUGGAAGGCGAAGAGAAAAAGAAAGAUGCCAAAGCCAAUGCGCAGAUCCUAGAAAUGAUCGGUGAUUUGCCUGAUGCAGACAUGAAGCCUCCAGAAAAUGUCCUCUUUGUUUGUAAGCUGAAUCCCCUUACGACAUCAGAAGAUCUGGAAAUCAUUUUCUCCAGAUUUGGAAAAAUCUCCAGUUGUGAAGUGAUCAAAGACAAGGUGACUGGAGACUCACUCAGCUAUGCCUUCAUUGAAUUUGAAAGGGAGGAAGACUGUGAAGAAGCAUACUUCAAGAUGGAUAAUGUUCUCAUCGAUGAUCGUCGGAUUCAUGUCGACUUCAGCCAGUCUGUAGCCAAACUCAAAAUGGGACCAUCAGGUCCAGUGAUACCUCAGACAGGCGGAGAAAGCUCUAAAUAUGCCAUAAAGGACUCAAAGAGCAAGCAAUCACAGAAGUAUGGUUUAGUGCUUGAUGAGGACGACAAUUAUGGAGGUCAAAAGAGGUCUUAUCAAAAGAAGCAAAGGAGAUAUUCAUCUGAAAGUGACAGUGAAAAUGAAAGGCACAGAAAUAAAUCCAAAAAGAAGGAGAAGAGAGAUACAAAGCGGGACAGUUCCUCUGAAGAAUCUUCCAGACGGAAGAGACAGAAAGAUAGGAGAGGAGACUCAAGUUCCUCGGAAGAUGACAGAAAACGGAGAAGAAAGGAGAAAAGAGCAAGGGACGACUCAGAGAGCGAGGAUGACAGGAGAAAAGAACGGUCUAAAGCAAGGCAUCAUAAGGCGGCGUCGGGGUCAUCGGACGAUGAGAGGUAUUCAAGACGGAGGACGGGUCGCGAUAGAUCCAGAGAAGAUAGAUCCAGGGAGGAUGGUCGAGAGAGAGAUGAAGAAAGAAGAAGGAAAGAUGGAAGAAGGGAGAAGGAUAGAUACAGCGGAAGGGGUGGAGACAGAGAUGACAGGUACAGGGAGCAAAACAGGGAAAAAUAUAGAGAAAGAAAUAGGGAUAGGUGAUUAAUCACAGCAUUUUUUGGUUAUUUUAUAGUGUUUUUGUGUGUUUUUUUCUCAACCCUAGACCUGGGAAUAUUUGAAUAUCCAAAUUAUUCAAAAGCUUAUUGAUGAUUGAAAAUAAGAAUACUGCUUUUUUAAUAUUGGUCAUAUAUUAAAUACACUGUAGCACUUGAUCAUUCAGGUCAAAACCUACAGUAACCACCCCCUACACACUAUGAAAUACAGGGUCUGUUGAUCAGUUGAAAAAAAUCACUUAUUUUUUUAGAUAUGAUAGCAAACUCCUCCCAUACAUGUAGUAUUCUUCACAUUUCUCAUACAGCUUUGUGCCUCCAUGAUAGACAUCACAUAGAGAACAUGCGUCAUCCAGGCCAUGGUAUUUGCCAGCUUUGUUAACUUAUUUCUUUGUAAAAUAAAAAUAAAGAUUGACAGACAAAUAUUAGGUCAAAAUGGAAUGAACAACGACAA